AGAAAUGUCGUGCGGUGUUCCGCAGGGGUCGGUACUGGGGCCGCUCUUGUGGAACAUCGGCUACGACUGGGUGCUGCGCGCCGACCUCCCUAGCGGCGUCAGCGUCUGCUACGCUGACGACACGCUGGUUCUGGCACAAGGGAGGUCGCACCAGGAGGCGGCCGACAUAAUGACGCGCGGAGUUGCGACAGUCAUCGAGAGGAUCCAGCUGCUGGGCCUGGAGGUGGCCUUGCACAAAUCCGAGGCCAUGUGCUUUCAUGGGCUUCGGAACGCGCCACCUUCAGGCUCCCAAGUCACGGUGGGGGGGGGUUACCAUCGGCGUCGAGAGGGCGAUGAAAUACCUGGGACUCGUCCUCGACGGCCGGUGGAACUUCGUCGAGCAUUUCCGACGUUUGGGCCCCAAACUGGAGAAGGCAGGUGCUGCAUUCAAGCGGCUCCUGCCCAACCUGGGAGGCCCAAACGCCCUCUGCCGUAAACUCUACGCGGGAGUCAUGCGGUUCAUGGCCCUUUACGGGGCUCCGGUAUGGGCACGUUCGGUACGGCCGCGGGCUGUACACUACCUGAACGUGCCCCAAAGGGUGAUAGCCAUUAGGCUAAUCCGGGGGUACCGCACGAUCUCCCGCGAAGCAGCUGGCCUACUUGCUGGACUGCCACCGUGGGAUCUGGAGGCGAGGGUCUUCUUGCGCCUGUACGACUGGCGCGAGGAGGCUCAGCGCCGGGGGGAAAAUCCGCUGCCGCGGCAAGUUGUCGCGCAGCGGGCGGAGCUCCGGCGCGAUCUCAUGGUGGCCUGGAGGGAGCGACUGUCGCAACCCAGUGCAGGGCACGCCACCAUUGUGGCGGUAAGUCCCCUCUUUGAGGAGUGGCUCGGGAGGAGUCACGGCGCCCUCACGUACCGCAUGACGCAGGUCCUCACCGGACACGGUUGUUUCGGGAGGUACCUGCACCGCAUCGAUCGUGAGGAGGCGCCCGGGUGUCACCAUUGUGCGGACAGCCCCGAGGACACGGUGGACCACACAGUCCAGGUGUGCCCCGCAUGGGAGGGGCACCGCCGGGUCCUCGUCGAGGCUUUGAGCGGCGGCGACCUCUCGCGUCCGGCCCUGGUUCAGGCCAUGGUCCGUCCCUGA